UUUCUAAAGGCUGAUACUUGCGUCACUAGGCGUUCUUACUUCUUACUCUCCCCAUUGUCUCACUUCAUCUCAUCUCCCACAUUUUUUUUUUCUGUAUCUUCGUUUGUUUUGAUCAAACUUCUCUUUCUCUCUCUUCAAUCUUCAACGUUUCUGUUAUUCUCACUCCCAAACCUCACUCCUUUUCCCGGAAAAUUUCUUUCUUUGCUAUUUUUCUGGGAAAGAAAAAGAAAAAGGAAACAAAAUAAACGAAGCAUGAAUUCAGCUGAGGAAUGCGUGUAAGCGAGGUUGCAGUGCUGAGAGCAACCUCCUUCUCCACAAUGCAGAAUGCAAUCUCAACGUUUGGAGACUCUUUCAACCUCAUUUCCAAACCCACCACUCCUACAGUGCAACUAGGCUUAAACCCUAGCUUUUGCUCAAAAGGGUCAACAACUUGAUCCUGUUGUGUCAGCAGCACCCACCGCCAGCUUCAACCUUUCUGGGUUUUGAGCUGAUUUCGGAAUCUGGGUAUCAGAGGAAUGCGGGUUUGGUCUCUCAAUGCCUCUCAAAUUGCAAGCUUUGGAUGUGUUUUCAGAGAUACCGAGUUCAGUGCAUAUUUGAGAUCUAUUUAGAAACCCACAUCACUGCACACCAGGUGUUCGCCAAAAGUUUCAGUGAUCAAGCUUUCUAUUGAGUCUUAAGCUUCCAAGAGUGGUGUUUCUGUGAGUUUUUCUGGGUAGCUGAUGGAUAGUUAGAAGGAAAAAAAAAAAAAAAGAAGACAGAAUUCUCUGAAGUGGUGAGUGGUGAAGUAACAAACAAAAAAGGAAAUUGAACCAAAAAAAUAGUGUCAAUGUCAGGUCCUAGAUUGAGGUCUAUGAAUGUUGGUGACUCAGAGGCUGCAAGGCCUGUGUUUGGACCAGCUGGGAACAAGACAGGGUCAUUGAGUUCUCGGAAAACAGCUUCAAAGCCACUGAGGAAAGCUGAGAAAUUGUACAACGAGGCCAAAGAGAAGAAGAAGUCCUAUGAAAUGUCUUCGGUUGUGGCUUCUCCUCAGUCACAUUCUGCUAGUGUUCUGCGCCGGCAUGAGCAGUUGCUGCAUUGUAACUUGUCUCUCAAUGCUUCGUGCUCGUCUGAUGCAUCCACUGACUCGUUUCAUAGCCGGGCUUCUACUGGAAGAUUGACUCGGUCUAAUAGCUUGGGUUGUUAUAGGAAGCGCUCCGUGUCAAAGCCUAGGAGUGUUGCUUCUGAUGGAGUGUUGGAAUCUCCUCCUCACGGUUCACAAUCCAAGAAGAGGUGUGCUUGGAUCACUCCUAAUACUGAACCAUGUUAUGCUACCUUCCAUGACGAAGAAUGGGGAGUUCCAGUACACGAUGACAAGAAACUAUUUGAGCUUCUUGUUCUUUCAAGUGCACUGUCUGAACUCUCUUGGCCAGCUAUUCUAAGCAAGAGGCACAUUUUUAGGGAAGUUUUUGUUGACUUUGAUCCAGUUGCUGUCUCAAAAUUUAAUGAGAAGAAGAUAAUGGCACCGGGAUCCACUGCAAGCUCCUUACUUUCUGACCUUAAAUUGCGUGCUAUAAUUGAGAAUGCACGUCAAAUAUCAAAGGUCAUAGAAGAGUUUGGGUCAUUUGACAAGUAUAUUUGGAGUUUUGUGAACCAUAAGCCUAUAAUUAGCAGAUUCCGAUAUCCUCGACAGGUUCCUGUAAAAACACCAAAAGCUGAUGUUAUUAGCAAAGACCUGGUGAGAAGAGGUUUCCGAGGUGUGGGUCCCACUGUCAUAUACUCCUUCAUGCAGGUUGUGGGGUUAACAAAUGACCACCUCAUCAGUUGCUUCAGAUUCCAAGAUUGUAUGGCUGCUGCAGAAGGGAAGGAAGAGAAUGCCAUCAAGGAUGAUGCUCAACAAAAGGAGCGUGAUCAUGUGAUGGAAUCUGAUCUGUCCAUUGCCAUCGACAAUUUGAGUUUAUCCUCAGAGUGAAUGACCGACGACUCAACAAUUGUCUUGGCUGAUAUAGAUCCUGGUUCUAUUGGCAGUUCAUCUGGUAGACCAAAUUCAUACUACUUAGGCCUUAGAUUGAAGAGUCAUGAUGGAGGAGAACUUAUGUACCCAUCUCAUGAAAUCCCUGAAACUGAAAGCAUAAUUAGUUUAGUUGAAUUAAAUCAACUGAGUACCUAACUACCCAUGCUGUUGUAUGUGGCUUCUUGAGGGAGGCCUUAACAAAUUGUUGUACAAUUUUUUGUACAGUAAAAAAUAUCGGACGAUUAGAAAUAUCUUUUAUUAAGCCAGUGGCAUCAGGUGAUAGAUAACCUUGCUCUUUGUUACCA